AUGUUCAUAGGACGACUACUGCAAAUUUCUCGAGGAAGUCUCACUAGAUCAAUUCACGUUUCGGCGAAGUACAAUCAAGCAAUGGGUAUUGAUGGAAAUAAUAUUUUGGCUGAGAGCUUGAAGCGGCAAGGAAUAGAAUAUGUCUUUGGAAUCGUUGGUAUACCCGUUAUUGAAACAUCUAUGGCAUUCCAAUCAGUGGGAAUAAAAUAUGUUGGAAUGCGGAAUGAACAAGCGGCAGCAUAUGCAGCUCAAGCUAUUGGAUAUCUUACUGGCAAACCUGGAGUAUGCCUCGCUGUAUCUGGUCCAGGUCUUCUUCAUUGUAUUGGAGGCAUGGCCAAUGCACAAGUAAACUGCUGGCCGUUAUUAGUUAUAGCCGGAUCAUGCCCCGAAGAUCAUGAGGGUAUUGGCGGAUUUCAAGAAUGGUUACAGGUAGAAUCCAGUCGACCCUAUUGCAAGUAUGCAGUGCGUCCUCCAUCGCCCAAAUUGAUCCCACUUCACGUAGAAAGGGCGGUCCGCAGCGCAUGCGCAGGUCGACCCGGAGUUGCGUACCUCGACAUGCCAGCUACUUUACUCACUGCUGAGGUUGACGAAGAGAAAGUCCCGUUAAAUUUCUAUAAUGCUGGGCCCAUAACUCUGGCUCACCCGGACCCGGCUUUAGUGGAUCGUGCUGCAGAUGUAUUGGCGAAGGCCGAAAGACCUCUGGUGAUUGUGGGGAAAGGUGCUGCAUAUGGCAGAGCGGAGGAGUCUGUUCGAAAAUUAGUUGAGACAACCAAGAUCCCGUUUCUGCCAACUCCUAUGGGUAAAGGUGUAGUCCCGGACGCUUCCCCCUACUGUGUCUCGACAGCGAGGACUCAGGCGUUGCUGAAGGCUGAUGUAGUAGUAUUACUUGGAGCCAGGCUCAAUUGGAUGCUGCAUUUUGGACAGGUGCCGAGGUUCGCGCCCGAUGUCAAAGUUAUUCAGGUGGACAUUUCACCGGAAGAAUUCCACAACAGCAUAAAAUCUGAAGUAGCUGUACAUUCAGAUAUCCGGCCUUUUACUGAAGCCCUUACACAAAAACUCGCUUCCAAGAAAUACUCAUUGCAACCAAGCAGCGCUUGGUGGAAAGCCCUUAACGAGAAGCAGAAGAAAAACACAGAAUUUGUUGAGGCCCAAGCCAAUGACAAGUCGGUGCCACUAAAUUACUAUGCAGUAUUCAAAACUGUUCAAGCGAGCAUUCCAAAAGACUCAAUUAUAGUUAGUGAAGGUGCCAACACUAUGGACAUCGGCAGAGGGCUGUUGUUGAACAAUCAGCCCCGACACAGGUUAGACGCUGGAACCUUUGGCACUAUGGGGGUGGGUCCUGGAUUUGCAGUUGCAGCAGCUAUGUGGUGCCGCGACUACGCGCCCACUAAACGGGUCAUUUGCGUCGAAGGAGACUCGGCAUUCGGUUUCUCAGGCAUGGAAAUAGAAACAAUGUUCCGUUACAAACUGCCCGUGAUCAUUGUGAUCGUGAACAACAGCGGGAUAUACAGCGGUUUCGACAAAGAAAUGAUGAAGGAUAUCCAGGAGAGUGGAGACGUCGCGCAAUGCACACCACCAACUGCCCUCUCUAGUGAAGUUCGAUACGAGAAGAUGAUGGAAAUGUUCGGAUGUUCAGGACACUUGUGUCGUACAGUAGAAGAGAUUGAAACCGCGGUCAAAGCAGCCAUCAAAGUGACGGAUAGGCCCAGCAUCAUUAACAUUCUUAUUAAUCCACAGGCAAACAGAAAACCACAGACCUUCAACUGGCUUACAGAAUCCAAACUGUGA